CUCUGUCAUUCCGGCCAGGCUCCAUGAUCCGGCCAAGCCCCAUGAUCCGGCUGCCGCGCAUCGUCUCCUUUGGCUCGACGAGGCUCGCUCUGAGACCUGCGGCCUCGGCUGCGCUCGGGAAGCUGCUGUCGCCGUGGGUUCUCUGCGUGCUUGUUGGCAUCGUUCUCCUCUCGGUGUCCACCCAGCGCUUCGUCCUGGGGGAUUGGUUCCGCUCGACCGGCUGGACUCGAUUCGUCGCCCUGGUUGGAUUCAAUCUAUGUGUCGCAAUGGUGCUAUGCAACUAUGUCCUCUGUGUCUUCACGCAUCCGGGAUCCGUCGAUCGGAGCUGGGAGCCAGCAGGCCUUGAGGGCUUCGGUACGAUCGACCCGACAUGCGAACAUUACGUCGAGAUCAAAUCGGAUUCAGAUAGUCGCCCGCGUUUCUGCAAAACCUGCUCGGUCUUCAAACCCCCACGAGCCCAUCAUUGCCGCCAGUGCCGGAGCUGCAUCCUGCGGAUGGAUCAUCACUGCCCAUGGAUUGAAAACUGCGUGGGCUUCUAUAAUCAAGGUCAUUUCGUGCGGUUUCUGGUCUAUGCGUCGCUCAGCUGCACGAUGUGUCUGGCAUUUGUGGUUCAGUACAUGUGGGGCUUCUUUGCAAGUGUCUUUCAGCAUCUUGCCAAGGGCUCUAAAGAUCCACCCGACGAGGGCCUAAGACUUUUGAUUGCGGGAAUCAACCUGCUGGUUCUGAUUCCUCUCACAUCCAUCGUCGUGAUGCUGACCUCGACUCAGCUCCAUUAUCUGGUAACCAACCAAACUACAAUCGAGUGUCUGGAGAAGGACGAGUUCAGUUUCGCCAAGAGCGGCAAGGUUUCCAAGCUGCGGCACCCGUUUCACAUCGGCUACUUUGAAAACAUCAAGGCCAUUCUCGGUGACAACAUCUGGCUCUGGUUGCUGCCUCAACGCAUGAAGGGCGAUCCCUACACUUAUCCGAUAGCAAUACUCGAGGACUCUGUGAUUGAGAGCCACAACAGCCGCAGCCCUGUAGCUGAGGAGCCGUUUGUGGGGCGGACCGAGCCGAGCUGAGCCGGUCGACUUGAGCUGCCAAGCUUAGAGCUUACUCUGUUCGAAAAGGGCCGCCCUGGUCUGAGCCAGGGUUGUUGUUGAUUCCCGCGCCUGAAUACACACAUUCACCACGGCCGAGCAGCGUGUCCAACCAGACUGGAACUGUGGUUAUCCUUUGAAUAUCUCUUGUGGAGGGAAGGGAAGAGAAGGGAUACUCAUCAAGUCCACGGAGACCCAGGUUCACCAAGUACUU